AUGGAGAGAUAUGUUUCCGGGCGAGAUUCAAUGCACACAGAUCGCUCUCUUAACUCAAGUAAAAUUGAAAUCUUUGAGCAAGACUUCAGUGUUGACGGGUCAGACUUAAGCCUUUAUGACUCUUUUAGUUUUUCCAAGCAAUCAGCCGCAAGGCGUUUCGCAGAACGAAAUCAAAUCCAACGCAAACGAAGCCCUAAAAAGAAAUAUACAUUUAAAGGCCCUACAAACUUUGAAUAUGAAAAGCUUCUAGCAAUUUCAGAAAUUCGUUAUAUACAAAUGUAUGACCAAUUAAAAAGAGCUUUGCUGAGGAAUAAGAAAAUCAUGUGCAUGAAUAUAAUAUACGCUAUAAGAAAAUUCAAACCUUUAGUAUUGGCUGCUUAUAGGAUGAUAUUGCGUAUGAAUUUAAGAAAAUGAAAAUGCAAUACAACGAUGCGGAAAACAAAUAAAAGAAAAAUGAAUUCUUGAGGAGAAAAAAUCUCAGGAUUUUUGCGUCAAUGGAGAAGAAUUCAUCAGAGAAAUUUGCUUUCAGCUUUAUUGGUAUUUAAAAUGAGAGGGAUUCAGAACGCUUUGAUAUUAAAAUCAAGAAAAUCUUCAGAUGCCCAACUCAGCUUAAAUUUGACGUCAAUCCCAUUUACGCCUUCAUCGCAGUCUAUAAAUUCUUCAAGAUUAACUGCAUCUCCUGUAAAAUCUUCAAAGCUGGAUGAAAGCACUAAAAAAGAAUUUAAAAAGGCAAUCAAAGGGAAAUUUAAAGAUGAAGAACAAGUUAUAACCCGCCCUGGUGGGCUUAUGAGAUAUUUUAGAUAA